UCCAUCCCCUCUCUCCCCAGCGCCAUGGAGAAGGGAGCCAGCCCCUCAACGAGCAGCUCGGUGGCCUUGGCCUCGUCCUCCACGGCCACCUUCAAGGAGGAACUGCUGUGUCCCAUCUGCUACGAGCCUUUCCGGGAAGCCGUGACGCUUUGCUGCGGCCACAACUUCUGCAAGGGCUGCGUGAGCCGUUCCUGGGAGCACCGGCACCACGUGUGCCCCGUCUGCAAGGAGGCCUCCUCCUUCGACGACCUUCGCUUGGCGUGCUUCGUCUGCCAGAGCUCCAAGCAGCACGAAGGGCACAAGAUGCGACCGGUGCAGGAGGCGGCGGCGGAUUUCAGGGCCAAGCUGAAGAACAUGGAGACCUCCCUGCGGGAUAAGGCGAAGGAUUUCGGGGCCGUGCAUCGCUCCUACGAGUCCAUCUCCACCCACAAGAACCGCAAGCGCAGGAUCGCCUGCACGGCCGAGGAGCCGGAGGCUGUGCCCUCAGGGAUGCUCCUCGACAUCGCCAAGUACCUGGGCUCGCUGCAGUACAACGUGUGGAAGAAGAUGCUGGACAUCAUCACCGUAGUCCCCUUCAGCUUUGACCCCAACUCCGCGGCGGGCUGGCUCUCGGUGUCCGAGGACCUCGCCAGUGUCACCAACGGGGGCUACAAGCUGCUGGUGGAGAACCCCGAGCGCUUCACCUCGGCCCCCUGCAUCCUGGGCUCCCACGGCUUCUCCACCGGCUUCCACACCUGGGAGGUGAACCUGGGUGGCAUCACGAACUGGCGGGUGGGGGUGGCCCGGCCACGCGGUGGCACCCACUGGACCUUCCACCACGAUGCUCGCUCCGGUUUCUGGUAUAUCUACCGCCUGCCCGGCAAGGACGGCGAGGCGUGCCGAGCAUCCAACACGGCACGUUCGGAGACGGUGCUGGGCGACCUGAGACGGAUCCGGGUGGAGCUGGACUGCGACGAAGGGGAGCUCUCCUUCUACGACGCUGACCGCAAGACCCACAUCUACACCUUCCACGAGAAGUUCGGCGGCACCGUCUUCCCCUAUUUCUAUGUGGGGGGCACGCCGAUGGGCGCGCUGCCCGAAGCUCUCCGCAUCUGUCCCCUCCGGGUCCGCAUCCACGAGGAUGUCCCCGUCUAG